UUUUUCUAAUUGUAAAUUUUUGUCCAUGUUUAGAUCUGAGGCAGUAUUAAAAUGAUUUAAUCAGUGACGAGUGAUUUUUAAUAUAGCAUGCAUAAUAUUUUCUGGAUGCUUUCCGCAUUUUGUGUGAAACAGCCAGGAUGCCUUAGACACCCUGUUUUUAUGCCCAUUUAGAUCUUGUACAUAAAAGCCUGACAUAAUGACCUUCCUAAUCACUGUAAUAGCACGUGGUCUCUGAAUGGACCUUUUUUGUUGUGUCAAACCCGCUGAAACAAAGAGAGACUGGCCUGUUGAACUUGCAUUGUACUACACCUCUCUGGGAAAAUAAUGCUGGCGAGAGCUCACAUGGAAUCUAUAAAGUAAUGUCUGCAGUCUGUGAGAUAAAGUGCCGUUGUUUGUGCUUCAUCAUGGCGGUCGUCAUCCGUUUACAGGGACUGAGUGUCACGGCAGGUUCUGUGGAUAUUCGCAGGUUCUUCACGGGCCUUCAUAUUCCAGAUGGAGGUGUGCAUAUAAUUGGUGGAGACCUAGAUGAAGCUUUCAUUAUCUUUGGUUCAGAUGAAGAUGCCAGAAGAGCCAUGGCACGGUCAGGGGGAUUCAUAAAUGGGUCACCUGUAAGAUUACUCCUAAGCAGCAAGCAAGAGAUGCAGAAUGUACUUGAAAGAACAGCGCAAAAGGUGGAGCUGGAUGAGAUUAUGCGGUCUGAAAGCAAUGGAAGAACUGCUCAAAGAUCCAUGGAACCUGAGGUGGGCAGAAGAUCAAGUAGCCGAUCUGGUUAUAGCCCUCCUCCCCAUCACCAACAACCGGCAGACACAGAUGACCCCUAUGUUGUGUUUCUCAACGGUUUGCCUUUCUCUGUGACUGAGAGAGAAAUACGUGAAUUUUUUCAUGGUUUACUCAUUGAUGAAAUUGUUGUAUGUAAGAAAGAUACAGGGCAAAACAAUGGAAAAGGCUUUGCCAGAUUUGCAACAAAGGAGGAUGCAUUGGAAGCCUUAAAGAGGGAUGGGAACUAUAUUGGAUCAAGGUAUAUUGAUGUUCGCACAACAACAGCCAAUUAUUGGAUACGAGCUGGUGGUAGCAUGCCAGCACCUGUCGAGACGAUUGACAACUUUGAAAGGGGAAGAACACCUGUCCGCAGUCAGAGAAACCCACAGUAUGAUACGAGGUCUCGAUCACCUGUGCCCCAGAGAGCUGUUGCUCCUACAGAUGAAGAAUACUGUGUGCUGUUGGACAAUCUGUCUUUUUCAGUGGAAAAAGGUAGCUUGAAGACCAUUUUUGAGAACUCAAAGCUUGAGAAUGACCAGAUUCUGUUUCUAACUGAUGAUUAUGGCAGAAGAACCAGGUCGGCCUUUGUACUCUUCAAGAACAUACGUGACUAUUGUGAUGCUAUAAGUCAGGAGAAAAGACAUUUUCUCAACCGAUGGAUUCAUAUCCGGCCUAUCUCAAGAGAGAACAUGCUCAGGCUUCUGGAAUCUAAGAAUGAUCCUACUGGGCCUCCGGGAAACUCUGAAAGGCAUCAGGAAAGAGCCUCGUCUUUCUCAACAGAUUCUUAUGAAUCUGAGAAAAUCUGUGCAUUUGUGAGAAAUCUACCAUUUGAUGUGAGAAAGGUUGAGAUUAUUGACUUUUUUCAUGGGUUUAAUGUCACAGAGGACAGAGUAUGGGUUCUGCAUGAUCAAAAAGGUAAUGGGGUCGGACAGGCUCUGGUUCUCUUUGGGUCUGAGGCAGAGGCCAUGGAGGCACUUUCUCUCAAUGGACGGCGGUUUCUGGGGUCUGAAGUUGGAGUGAAGUGUGUUACACGUGCUCAGAUGGAUCAGUUGACUGCUGAGCCACCAUCAAUGCAAGAGGUCUUGCCGAAAGAGGGGCACUUCUCAGGCAGGAACAAUGAGCCUUUCCGUGGACCUAGUGGUGACGCUUUCUUCUUUGAUACAAGGAAACCCAGGGAUGGUAAUGUGCCUAUUAAAGAGGAACGUAUCCAUGGAGGUCAGGACUAUGGAUAUCGUGGGGUAAGACCUCGUUCUCCGCGGGAUAGGGGCAAUGGAGGACAUGGGAGGUUUGGUCCACCUGGUCAACGCUAUGAUGGUCCCACCUGUGUGCAGUUGAUAAACUUACCAUUCCAAAUUAGAAGUGAGGAAGUGUAUGAUUUCUGUUAUGGAUAUCGCAUCAUACCUGGAUCUGUCUCACUUCAGUAUGAGCCCAGCGGAAAACCAAAAGGCUCGGCCACUUUGGUGUUCGAGUCUCGUCAGGAAGCUUUAACUGCAAUUGAGGAACUGAACGGGAGGCCGAUUGGUCCAAGAAAAAUACAGCUUUUACUUGUUUGAAAUAUAUCUGUGGGUUCACAUUUAAGACAAAGUAACAGGCACAACUUUUAGUUUAUUUGGAAAGCUGGGAAUAUGGUAUAUGGCUCUUGUAUGAUUUCUUUUUCUUAAGUGCAAUUUUAUGCUUACAAGGAAGAAUUUGUUGGAGUUUAUUUUGGGUUUUCUAUUCAAUGCUUGGUGUUUUUCUUUUCAAAAAGUACUUCAGUGAAUUCUGGAAUACAAUUUGGAACAUGUAUAUUGUUUUUAAAAUUAAAAAACAAUUGAUUCAGUUGUCA